AUGCGGGAUUCCGACCAGGUAGUGGUCGUAUCGACCAAAUCUUCACAUGAACCUCCGAAAGCUUCAAUAUGGUCAAGUUGGGUGUCUCGGGUUGUGACUGGUCACCAUUUCCUCACACCUCACAAAAUGCUCCUGUACGAUCAAGCGUCCCAAAACGUCUCUGCUGAGGAAGCCCUGCUCACUGUCUUCCCAUGGGGCGGAAGUGUUUUCCCACACGAAACAGCGGGUUUGUUCGAUAUGUAUGCAGACCCCCCGGAUAUGCUUGUCGAAGAUAUGUGGUCUGUAAGCCCCACAGGUUCUGAUGCUUACGAUCCCUACUGUCGAGUGGAUUUCAAAUCGACGGAUUGGAGCAUAUUGAGCGAUAGUCUUCAGCGUCUGGAUAGAAAUACGCGAAAAUUAAAAGCCGAGCUUUCUCAUCACACGGAUCUGGUGGAGACACUCGCCUCUAACGUGGAAACUGUGUUCGGAUCCGAACUAACUGAAUCACUGAAUGGCAUCCGUCGUUAUGCAACAAAGGUGGAGGAUGAAAUCGGUUUGAUUGUGCAUCAGGUGGACUUGGAGCGAAACGAACGAUCUGUCCAACAGAGAAUGAUCACGAGUUUACGAGCCACGUUGGCGGAGGCUGAUCGUCAACUGGAACAGGCGGCAGCAUUUGAGAGACAGUUGCAUGUUAUCCAAGCGGCUCAUCGCUUGGAUCAGAAUCGGUCCACUCAUGCGUUCCCCCGUGACAGGGAAUCGACUGAUAUUGGAUGUGCCUCGAAAGUCACAGACAAUAUCAAGUCUGUAGACGAUAAGCUGUCAGUCGACGAGGGAAGCAGUUUCUCAAAUUGGUCCGUAUCCCCCAGUCUAACAGGCAGCACAUCUCGUAUUGAAUCAACAGUGACUAAAAAAAAGAAGUCACCGAUGCGCGAUGAUCAUUUGUCGCAUCAGUUAUUCACGGGUCAGACACGUUCACCAGAUUUCGAGAAGGAUACGCACUCCAGGGUGUCGAGCUCUAGUCAGACCAGGAACAGAUAUACCGCAAGCAGUCUAGACAGAGUUCAACGAUUGGGUGAUCAGCGUACCCCGCUUGACCACGAGAAAACUCGUAGUCGUUCGGCCGAUUCAUCCUAUCCCAAUUCCGGCCCCUCGGCACCAAACGAUGCAAAAGAGGCAAAUACCGUGCUUCAAUCGUGGUUUGUUCAACGAAUCCAACUAGAGAUGAGAAGACGACAUCGUACGGAAGCGUUGCUGGCACAAACACAACGCGAAUUGGAGCAUUUACGAUCGACUGACCUAAUCCGAACUCAGGAUAAAACGGCAGAGAAAUUAAAAAAUCCAAAUGAUCAUUUUGCAUCGGACCGUCAGAAUGCAGUUGAUCAUCACAAACUUCAUACAGUUCAAAAGUAUUUAUUCGAUUCUGUACACUGUACCCAACUACCCGUGCUGGAAUGUUCGCACAGUUGUUCAAUACAUACCAGUCAGAAACCGGAGAUCAAUUCGCAAACAGUACCGUUGGAAUCGUUCACUUCUUCGGAUACGCCACUCCCUAAUCAGUCCCCGUUUUCCGGGGAGACACGUUCCGGGCAGUCCGGUCAUUGGGAUCCAUUUGCUCUCCAGUGCUCCUCAGUCUGUUAUGAUAAACAGCCCUUCCGUAGGCACUUUUCCGAACCGGAUCUGGUCAUUUCCUGUCGCUCCUCCUCCUCCCCCUCAAAAAAUGUGACCGAUCUUUCCUAUUCAUCCUCGGUGCACAAUGAUUCUAGUCCCUUAGUCCGGUUCCCAAGUCCAUCAUGCCAGACCUCCAAAUCCAAACCACAUUUACACAUCAUGCCCUUCGCUUCCACCCAGCGGUCGCUUGGGCGGCCCCAUAAACGUCAGAGAACGAAUUCUGACCACGAGAAAUCCAUCAGUUUCCGAGUGAAUUCGACCGGUGCGAUGCAUCAACUCAUUGCUUUUCUACGAAAUUCCAAUAACCUGUUGUUCCAACUAAUGCAAGUGUACAGAUUUGCACACCACGCUGAUCAUCGGACUAAGCAACUGGAGUUGCAAAAAUUUAUGCACCAGUAUGGGGAAGAGUUUGAACGAUUUCGUUCCUGUAUUUUACGAGCGAACAAUCCCAAAACAGAUCUUUCCAACCACGAGGACAGUUCGCUAUUCCCAAUCUAUCUAUGUCAAUUGGUACAACUCUAUCCGACCACGGAACGUAUCCCACGAUUGAAGGCGGAAGACCUUGACAAUCCGUCUUCACUGUUCAAACGAUACCGGUUCCAUUCAUCCCUGGAACAGUUAAAUUCCACCGCUUGUUCUGAUCCGGAUAACCAUUUCACAUCACACGUCUGGCACGAGAUAGAUACCCCAUUGCUGUCUAGUGAGGAUUGUUCCUUACAGGGAACUAUUGUGGAAACGCUGGUCACACGUCUGAAUCGUGUGAGUGAGAAGUUGCGCGCGCAGAUGGAACAGUGCAACGAGCUCGAAGCCCUGUUGGCCGAGCGUGACGCGCGCCUAGUUGCCCAGAACAGUGAACUGGCCGAAGCGGAAGCCCAUCUGGCCGCAUCCACCGAAACAGUGGCUUCGUUGCAUAAAAAAAUUUUAGCUGGCAGUCGUAACUGGACUCAAUUGUUAGAAAAUAUCCAGCAUCGAACCGGGUCGUCCUCCGACCCAUCAUCCCUGCGCGUCGGACCAGACCAACUUCCCGCACUGCCGGCUGUGCUUGAUCUGGUACGCAGCUUGGAUGCCGCGUAUGCCGAAUUACAGGAAUCCGAACGGUGUCGUAUCUUGGCCGAACAACGUGCAACUAGUGCUCUGAACACCGCUCGACGUCUCCGGGGUCAGCUUCGUGACAACCUCAUCCAGCCGUUGGAUUCGGGAAUGUUUGCACCUGAUCUGACUGACCUUUGUUAUGUGACACCACAGCUGGACAAAAGCUCACAGACAGAGGAAGUUACUCCACCCAGUCUUCUGUCCAAGAAUACCCCGGAACGGGUUCUGUGUGAUGUGGCUGUGCAACACUCGGAUUCUGCAACGGAAAAAGGACCUACGUUACAAGAUGAAGUGGACCGUCUACAAAAAUACCGGAUCACACAGAAAACGCGUUACGAACAACUUCAGCAACGUUUUUUCCAAUUGAACUCUGAACUGGAUGCCACCGUGGACGUUCUCCGACAUCAUCAGACUAGCAGUGAGGUUGAACGUCGACGCACGGCCGUCGAGUUGUCUCAGCUUCGAACGCAAUUGGCCAAAGCGAACAGUCUUCUCGAUCACUAUAGAAUGAUACAGACAAAAUCGACCGCCCCACUCGCAACGGUAUCAUCGAAAGAUCGUGGUUUAGCUGCACUAAGAGGUAUGAUGAUGAUUUUGAUCACGUUCACUUUCGACGCGGUACGAAUGGAUGCGACUAAACUGAAGUGA